GCCAGAAGAACACGUACUAGCAGAAGAAUAUAAAAUAGUGGAAAAUGUACAAGUUGACCAGCUGUCACUGAUGUCCCAGCUGUUUUCUGUCUCUCUGCCCCCUUGCGGGGAGUUGCGCAGACGCGUAGACCUUAGGAGACAGCCGGUCCCCAUGGCAACCGGACGCUACUCCGCGGCGGUCUCCACGGCGGGUCUGACUGCCGAAAGGGUUGGGCUCGCUGGGCACUGCGGACUGGAGCGAAUCAAAGUUUUGCCAGCGCAUGAAAAGUUCCCGAAAAUGCCUCAAAAAGCAGUGAAGGUCAUGGUUGAAUUGGAUCUCCAUGCGGUGACAUGUCCUGGUGUGUUUUUGGCUGACAAAGAUGAUGUCUACCUCAGUGUGUGCCUCAUGAAUCAGUACAAGAAAACCGAGUGUGUUGCGCCAGUCUUCCCCUUUCUGUUUAAGGAAAAAAUGAGAUUUGAGAAGGUAUUUAAGCAUGCAGUUGACCCAGCUGCUGUCGCUGAGCUGUUGGAAUGGGAAACUGCAAAAAUUGAGCUGAUACAGUUAAUUCCGCCAGUGGGUGAAACAUUGGCGUUUUAUGAAGAAGAUGCCCGGACCUUUUUGUUCCCGGAGCCUAAGCUGGCCCCUUCAUACCCUGGAGUGGACAGAGAAAUACUAAUGACGCGAGCACAUGUGUUCCCUGGAAUUGCACCAAGGCUAGAAUUUUCCACUAGAACCACCAUUAAAGAAUGCUGCUCAAAAAUAGAGAAUGGGAUUUGUACAAAUACUCCUUUGAAGGAAGCUUCAAGAAAAAUAAUCCGGAAGAAGGCCCAGAAGUUAGGAUGCAAAUUAUCCAAGAAAGCAAAUCCUUCACCAGGGAAGAAAAGAGCCCCUCACAGUAAAGAGCAGCGUUAUGACAAAUCAACAGGGAUGUCAAAGUUGAGGUCUGUGUCACCUGCCACUCGGAGGCACAUAGCGGAGCUGUCGGAGAAUAACACUCAGAGACUUGCACAUCUCAACCUGGGGCCAAACCAGCAAGAGUCCAGCCCCCACUCCAGACCUGACUCUGCAGUACGACAUGUCCGUAACUCUUGGCCACCUGUGACAUCAACACAACCUAUUUCACAAGCUUCUCUUAGGAAAUCCACAUCAAGAGAUAUUUCUCCAAAGGCUCGUCUCUAUGUUGAAGACUCUCAUGAAACAACUAGGUCAAAUCCAUCUGCAGAGGGGAUCCCUAGGACUCUGGAGGAUGCGUUUUCAUCUACAGACACAGAUGAUCUUGUUAAUUACACCUUGAAUUCUAGUUCAUGCCUGAACUUGAAAGAGCUGAAGAGAUCUCCCCCUAACUCAACAAUGCAGCCUUCACAAAGCCAGUUUAGGAACUGCUCACCUCUGAAGCAAAGUUCUCACAGCACCUGGGAAUCAAUCCAUGAACGAGUGCGAAGUCUGCUAACAUCUGUCAGCGCCAGGGAACGACUUUCCUUAGGAGCUACUGAAUCUGAGAUUGAUGACGUCCUCCAGCGACGUUCUGUCUCGCCAAAAUCUUCCCCUCACUGCAGGUCCCCCUCAGGACAAUAUUAAGGAGGCAAAGGUUCUUCAAGAGCAGUCUGUGAAGUUACCAUGUACUGUACAUUUUCCAAGCAUUUCUUAUCUCCAAUGUCCUGUUUCAAUUUUAUAAUUCUACAUUAAUUUUAAAACAAUAUAGAAUUAUAUCGGCACCUGUUUGUUUGCUCUCCAAUAGUAAAUGCUGGAAUAAAAGAAGAAAGUACUGUA